AUGGUAGCCGAGUAUCCAAAAAUUAAUCGAUUUUCACCUGUUCAUUCUCAAUCACAAGGCAGCUAUGUGGGAGUCGAACUUGCGGGUACUCAGCGUCCCGGUGGGCCCCACACUCAUCCUCUCUCUUACCCUCUUUCUCUCUCUACUCCCGGGCUGCUCGGGUCGGUUUGGAGGGAGAUCGAGAAGCAGAGGAUAAGGGAGGAGAUAACCGCCGAGAGAAGGCUUGCUCUCGAGGCCGAGGUGCGGUGGGAGAUGAUGGUCGAGAGGGAGAUGGGUCUUACCCGUCUGACGAGUGGUGGGGCCCACAUGGUUCAUCCUCCUCCACCAGUCCCGUUCGGACCGUCUUCAAGGCUUGCCCCGGCUCCGGAUGGAGUUUUCGGGACUUCGCCUCUCGCGAAGCCAUUGCCCGACAGAGUUUCGGAUGGCGCCAAAGAGGAGAUUAUCCCCGAGAGAAGGCUUGCUCUCGAGGCCGAGGUGCAGUGGGAGAUGAUGGUCGAGAGGGAGAUGGGUCUUACCCGUCUGACGAGUGGUGUGGCCCACGUGAUUCAUCUUCCUCCACCAGUCCCGUUCGGAUCGUCUUCAAGGCUUGGCCCGGCUUCGGAUGGAGUUUUCGGGACUUCGCCUCUCGCAAAGCCUUUGCCUGACAAAGUUUCGAAUGGCGCCAAAGAGAAACCGAAGAUUGUUCUGUCGGUCAAACCAAAUGAAACUCUACAUGGAUCAAAGAGGAAGGCCGUGAUUCCGCUAGCUGGCGAUGUCUCGAAAAAGAGAGCUAAAGAGGAGUGGAGUUGUUCCCUCUGCCAGGUCAGCACCACAUGUCAACAAGCUCUCAACGAGCACUUAACAGGAAAGAAGCACAAAUCGAGGGAGGCCGCCAAAAGAUACGACGAAGGCGGCAAAAGCUAUUCUAUUGUGCUUUUAUCAAAGGGAAAAGCUACCGAGCAGAUAUCGGGCCUUUCAGAAUCUCCCCCGAAGGAAAAUCAAAAUGCAGAAGACAAUUCAAACAACAGCAGGUAUAGGUUUUGGUGUGAUUUGUGCCAGGUAUGGUCCAAUUCGGUGGAUAACAUGAAUAGUCAUAAGAACGGGAAGAAACAUGCCAGGCGGCUUGAAGUUAAAGCAAUCGAACGAAAAGUAGCCGCUAAACAGAAGGAAACGAUCAUGCUCGUUAAUCGCGAAGGAGUUGAAGAAGAUGAAAAAAAUGUACCAUCUGUUGAUGAGGGCUCGGUGGAGCGAAAAGUAGCCGAGCGGAAGGAAAUUAUCAUGCUCGCUAAUCGUGAAGGAGUCGAAGAAGAUGGAAAAAAUGUGCCGUCUGUUGAUGAGGGCUCGGUGGAGCGAAAAGUAGCCGAGCGGCAGGAAAUUAUCAUGCUUGCUAAUUGUGAAGGACUCGAAGAAGAUGGGAAAAAUGUACCGUCUGUUGAUGAGGGCUCGGUGGAAAGAAAAGUAGCCGAACAACAGAAGGAAAUUAUCACGCUCGGUAAUCGGGAAGGUGAUGUCGGGAAGCUAGUCUACACCAGAAGGAGUGGAAGAAGAUGGAAAAAUGUACUGUCUGUUGAUGAGGGCUGGGUUUGUGAUCCUGUGGCUGAAAACGAGGCAGACGUGGGGUUGGCCAAGGGAGAUAUGGCUGACGAGGCAAAAGACGAAGGGCUUAACGUUUCUUGA